AUGUUUGGAUACCUAGUGCUUUUAGUUGUCUUAGCUACUGCUACGGCGGAACCACUUCGCAAAUUCCCGAACCUAAAUCCAAUCACCCCAAAUGGACGUAUCGUAGGUGGUGAACCAACAACCAUCGAAGCUGUUCCACACCAGGUUUCUCUUCAAGCUUAUGGAUUCAGUUACUGUGGAGGAAGCAUUGUCUCCGAAACUUGGGUUUUGACCGCUGGUCAUUGCACAGUGAGUUAUCCAGCUAAGUGGAUCAGCGUUCGAGCUGGAACUACACACUUCAGUUCAGGAGGAACUGUUCAUCCAGUUGCGAAAGUUGUCAGACACGAAAAUUACAGGACGAACUUGUAUGGUGUUCCUGAAAACGACGUAGCAUUAUUGCAGCUGAAAACACCCUUUGAGUUGGGAACAUCACGUCAACCAAUUGCUCUCUUUGAACAGGACGAGGAGGCUGUCGAAGGUUCAUUGGCAACAAUCACUGGAUGGGGUGCCGUUAGAGAAGGAGGUAGCAUUUCUAAUGUUCUUCAGACUGUGGAUGUCCCCAUAAUUUCAAAGACUGUGUGCAAUGAUGCCUACGAAUCUUAUGGAGGAGUUCCUACAGGUCAGAUUUGUGCUGCUUAUCCCGAGGGAGGAAAGGACGCUUGCCAAGGGGAUUCUGGUGGCCCCUUAACCAUUGCUGGAAAAUUAGCUGGAAUCGUUUCCUGGGGUAAUGGAUGUGCUCGACCUGGAUACCCAGGAGCAUAUACUGAGGUGGCAGCAUAUCGCACAUGGAUCAUUGAGAACGCUGAACUAUAAUUAAUAAAAGUUUUCAAUUAUUGAAAUUUGUG